AUGGCAGGACGUGGCGGAGUCAUUAAAAAAAUUGUUGGAGGAAAUGUUACCAAAGUUUGGAAUGGAUUCGUGCCUCAAGAAUGUAAACCAAAUCAUAAAAUUAUACGAUUAAACGUAGCUCAAAAAUGGGAAGAAGCACAUGAGCCUCUAAAUUAUGGGAUCGAUUGUUUAACGAGUUGUGGACUUGGUUCUGGAAUGGCAUUUGCUAAUGAAAUUCUUAAAAAAGACGCAAAUUUUGGUGUAAUUGGUUUAGUACCUUGUGCUAGAGGAGGAACUAGUUUGGAUAAAUGGAAAAUUGGGACUCAUCCUUAUGAUGAAUUGGUUAAAAGAGCAAAAAUUGCUGAAAAAAGUGGAGGAAUUAUUAGGGGGUUAUUGUGGUAUCAUGGUGAAAGUGAUGUAAAAGGAGGGAAUGGAUACAAAGAUUAUAAGAUCAAUUUGGAGAAAUUUAUUCAUGAUUUGCGUAGUGAUUUGAAUUCAUCUAAUCUUCCCAUUUUCCAG